GCCAAACUUUGGAAUUUCAUUUAAAUGACACCGUCAUGGCGGCGCCCUGUAUACAGACGCGCACUUACUGAUGACUGAUUUUCCGACGUAGCCAGGAUCUAGGAAAGCGUUCUGGGUCUAGCCUACCCACUGUAAUAGAAAGAUGACUGAAAUAUCUGUCAACAUUUUUGUUGGAAAUACAACUUUUAUAGAUCCCGAGGUUUAUAAACUAUGGCUUGAAGGGCAUUCGUCAUUUGAAGCUGCAUCCAUCCGAUACAAGACGCUCUCGUCUCAGACCACGGGACUGAAAUUUGAACUUCUGAAGAGCGACACCACAGACAACUACCGGAUGUUCAGGGCUAUGGAGAAGCACUUACGCAAUCCCCUGACGCUGUCCUACCAACCACUGUUCCAGAUUCCUCCAGAUAUGCAGCAGAUGCUGAUUGAAAAAUAUUAUGAGCUCGAUUCCAUUGUAGCCCGUGAGAUACUUGGCAAAAAACUGUCCAGCAAACACCGUAAGGAUUUAGACGAAAUCAGCGAGAAGACCAAAGUAUCCCUGAAAAGCUGCAGGCGACAGUAUGACAACUUCAAGAGGGUAUUCAAGGCUGUGGAGGACAUGGAAGGGCCCAUGGUCAAGAACAUUCAGGCCAACUUCUGCUUUUCAGAACAACUUGCCAAGAAGUAUGCAGCCGUCGUCUUCUUUGCCAACAAUCGGUUUGAGACCGGCAAGAAACGCUUGCAGUACCUGACCUUCUCUGAUUUUGCAUUCUGCGCAGAUGAGAUGAUCAUCAAAUGGACGGCCGGAUCUAACGAUUCUCGGAAGGAGGACUUGGACGCCGAUUUUGACCGUGAGUUCCUGCAGGACCUGAGAGAGUUGAAGAUCCUCAUCAGCGACAAAGACGCCAGCGACCAGCACAAAGGGUUAAUUUCUGCUGCUCUGAAGGGCAAGAUAACAGAGAAGGCACAUGCAGACAUUGAAUCUAAUUUUAAGAAUCUUUCCCGGGCCAUCGUCAGUAUUGCAAGCGGCAUGAUCCACUCUAGGGAGCUUCGAGAUUUCUUCAAUGACGUGGUAGAGAAGAUUAUUGAGCCUACGAAGCAAGCUCAGUGGAAUGGCAAUGAUAUGGCACUGUUCUUGAAAUGCUACACCUCCAGUAGUUAUCAGAUAGAAGGAAUGGGAAGGCACAGCCGGCUGCAUGCAACACUGGAACGCUACAUGACCACCCUGACCAAAUGCAUCCUGCGCAUGUACCACAGCUGAUCUUUAUGUUCAGUGUCACUCAAGAAAAAA